AUGAUGCAAGAUUCGAAAAAGAAGAGAGAUGCAAUUUUGCGCCAAAAUCGACAACAGCAACGAACGAGAAGAUUAUUCGACCACGAAGCAAGAAUGAGCGAAGAACUCUACGAAAUGAAGCAAAGCCACUCCAAUUCUCAAGUGACAAAAUUGAUUGAACAGAGACAAAACGGAAUAACAAGUAGUUGGGCACAACAGCGACACGAUGCGUUGUAUCACAAAAUUAUCAAUCUACAAUCUUUUGUUCAGGAGCAAAGUCGAAAGAGAGUCAUAGAAAGGUACGGGCCGGGUCCUCAUCACAUGCGAUUUGACGUCCUUACUGGCCAGAAUGCUAGGACUUCCGGCACUUUCGUUGUCGAACUCGCACCCAUCGACUUGGUGCCCUAUUCUGUUGGUGUAUUUUUGGAUAUGACAGCACAUGGGCUUUGGGACAACACGGUAUUUUAUCACCACUCUUCGCAACAUCAUGUAAUUGCGGCUGCUCCGGUGAAUUUUGGGACAUUUGAUCCAAAAAGUCAUCAUUUCGAAGCGCUCGGUUUCAACCGGCUUGAAUUUCCCGACUAUUCAAACAGUUAUCCCCAUUCCCUAUUCACGCUAGGAUUUUCCGGAAACGGGCCGAAUUUCUAUAUUAACACGAUAGAUAAUUCUGAUCAUCACGGUCCUGGGGGUCAGGUUCACCAUGAAAUAGCAGCCGAUGCCGAUCCCUGCUUCGGAAAGAUCAUAUCUGGGCAUCAAGCCUUAAAGCGGAUGAUGCCCGAUCGAAGUGUGUCAUUGAAUCCAAACACUUGGGAAGACUACGAUCUGACUCGCAUUGUUAGCGUUCGACUGAUUAGCAUGGACGCUUAG